GUCACUACCUAGAACUAAAGAUGUUGAUUGCACGUGCUUUGAUAGUGUUUUUCUGCUUUACCGUUGUGACAAGCUAUACCCCCAACCGGCGUAAUUUACGCUCUUCGUCAUUUCUCAACGAUUAUGCGCCGUCCAAUGAUCAGAAAGAACGGAAAGAACUGUUUCCACAAAGAGAUUUAUUCCGUUCACACAUGGCGGAUAAUCAGAGAUUUAACAACCAAAUGAAGAGAGAGAGGCUGCCGUACUCUUUUGAUUUUGUGAGACCUAGAUAUAGAGCAGUUGAAAAUGGUUUUGAACAACGGCGACGUGAUUACUUCAAGAGAAAUUUCCAGUUGCGACGAAGUGAUUUUUUAAAACGAGAAAUAGAUUACCAGAGGUGUUUUAAUUCAUGCAAAGACACUCCAAACCCGACAGGAUGCUGUCAAGCUAUAUGUAAAACCGUUUCCUGUUCGCUAUAAAAUAGCGAAGUGACGAACUGAAAUUUAACAGAAAGUUUUUAAACUUUAGGAUGUCAUUUUUUUCUGAGUGUGAGUGAAAAUGUGUAUAAUUGAUUCCUGGUUUGUGUCGUUAAUUAUAUUUAUAAUUUUUUUCAUGGGAUUGUGCUGUUUAAUCUGAUGAAAUAAACAUUUGUUGAAUAUUUA